AUGGAGGUAACGUUCGAUAGGACAAUGUCUGCUUCCGAGCUUCUAUUCAAAAUAGAUCUCUUAUCAAAACGUUUGGAUAGGAUUGUUGGCAUUCCCAAGUGUGUGCUAGGAAGUCGUUGUCCCAGCGCUUUGAAAGGAGAUGGUCGGUCGAUUGCUGCUAAUCACUACGGUCUCAACAAAGAUUCUCGGAAGGGUUCAAUGACCAUUGGAAUUAUGCGAAGACGUACUCAUUCUGCGUUUCCACUGGAGUAUCGUGAGCCAUUAUGUGGUGCUGUUCUAUGGGCUCGGAAGCUGAAGGGUCAGAAGUUAUUACCAACAUUGGCAAAUUAG